GUCAUAUAUUUUUCUUUCCAGCUGAGUGUCUUCAGAGGGUCGGCGUGGACGUGGGUGGAAGAAAGACAACAGUUCUAUUACCACCAGUUCUUAGCCAAACAACCCGACUUGAAUUACCGUAACGAGCGAGUACGAGAGGAAAUGAAGAAUGUGUUGCGGUUCUGGCUGGAGAAGGGCGUGGAUGGCUUCAGAGUGGACGCCAUAACACAUCUCUUUGAAGCUGAAGACCUGAGUCAAGAUGAACCCGUAGCCUCCCAUUCCGGUACCGACGACCCCCUGGACUACGGUUACCUCAACCACACUCUGACACUCAACCAGCCGGAGACUUUUUCUGUCGUCAAGGAAUGGAGGGACGUCUUGGACCAAUACCCGGAUAAGGCGAUGAUCAUAGAAGUCUUCGGCGAAGAAAUAGAAGAAGUGAUGAAGUAUUAUGGAAACGACAGCGUUCCUUUGGCCGAUUUCCCUUUCAAUUUCCUGCUGAUCGAACACCUGCGGAAUCGGAGCGACCUGACCGGCUUCGCUCUCAAAGACACCAUCGAUAUGUGGUUGGACAACAUGCCCGAGGGGAAGUGGCCCAACUGGGUGCUCGGCAACCACGACUACGGGCGGGUCGGCUCUCGCUUCGGCGCUGACGCUGUGGACGCCCUCAACAUGCUGGUGCUCCUGCUCCCCGGCACGCCCGUCACUUACAACGGAGAGGAGAUUGGCAUGGUGAAUACAUUUAUCUCGUGGGAAGACACUCAAGACCCCCAAGGAUGCCGCUACGGUCCUGAGCACUACCAGGAGUUCAGCAGAGAUCCGGAGAGGACCCCUAUGCAGUGGGAUAACAGCUCCUUUGCAGGUUUUACCCGAGGCAACAGCACGUGGCUGCCGGUGAACGAGAACUACAAGGAGGUUAAUGUCAAGGCCCAACUCCAGGCAGAGGAAAGCCACUUGAAAAUAUACAAAGAACUCGCUGCGUUACGUAAAGAGGAGCCCUUUACCCGAGGGCAUGUGGCGUACCCUGUGGUCACCUUUGAAAUCUUCUCCGUGAUGAGGUAUCUCGAAGGCUACGAGAGCUACCUCUUAGUGAUAAACACGUCUGAGGGCGAGGUGGAGGUCGACCUUCACCACCACUCGAACGUAGAACUCCCCCCGAGUGCCGUGGUCAUCCUCCGCUCUGUCACUGACACCUCGAACUCUACUGUGCCAGGGUCUGUCGUAAAGCUGAGUGAACUGAUCCUUGUUGCAGGGGAAGGUUUAUUACUGAACCUGAUAGAAGAAGAAUAAUGAUGUUUGAAGAUGUAUAAUUCUAAAAGCAAAGUGUAUUAUCGUGUAAUAAAAUAUAAUGACGUU